AGCCACGUACACCAUAAUUCGUUACGACACAUGACUCUGACGUUGGUUUCAUAUUCCUCUCAUCUUCUUGAUAUGAGGGUCAAAAACUCGUCGUCCGACUUGAAAUUCAAAUUGUGAUCAACCACAUCAUCUGGUUUUCUUUCUCCUUGGAGAAGCUUAUGGUGCUUAGAACAGACCUGUCAGAAUAGCCAACGAAGCAGAUCAACCAUCUACGAGUACUUACGCUUGCUGAGCUUUCCUGGCUCUUUUGUCAGUCUAUUGAGUGCCAUGGUGACGUCGAGGCCUUUUCAAUUAAUCGAACAGUUGCUUUAGUGCCUUCUCAGUCUUUUUCCUAAUCGAAACCAUGGCGGGGAGUCAAGGAAUAUUUCCAAAGGUCCUUGUGGUGUUCCUCAUGGUGUCUUUGGUUUUUAUGGGCUUUGAAAUGAUCCAUUUUAAGGAAUCAUUUGGGCAAGCUUUACAAGAAUCAUUGGUGGGCCCUUGGGAUUCAAUGGUAAGCGAGGACAUUCUGACCGUAAACAAGUCAAGAGUUCGUCCAGCCAAACCUGAGCUGAAUUUUCGACUUUUGUGUGCUGAAGACCGACAGCGAAUCAAAGAAGUUUUAGAGUGGGACAUCAAAAAGACUGGAUGGCAAACAUUGACAAAGUACUUGGCCAAAACCGUUACGUAUCCUGUCCAGAUGGCGUGUCAACAAAUGAAGCGACUGGGUCAUGGUAUUUGGUCUUCCAAGUGCUAUGAUGGGCACAAGUACGUCUGUAUUGACGACAUUGAUCCAAAAAACUGCUUGGUUUACUCGUUUGGGAUUGCUAAUCAAAUUUCGUUCGAAGAGUCCAUUGCUACUAUGGGUUGCGAAGUGUACGGGUACGAUGUCAAGAAUACGGACGUCAUGAAAACCAAUGCCAAUCCUAGAUUGCACUUCAAACUGGCUCGAAUCGGGUCUCAAGGAGGGAAGCAACUCAUGGAUCUAUUGCAAGAAAAUGGCCACUCAAAUGCAUCCAUCACAUACUUAAAGGUUGACAUUGAAGGAGCCGAAACCCCAGCCCUACCAAUUUGGAUUCGAAGUGGGGCCUUGAAUAACACGAAGCAACUGAGCUUUGAAUUUCACCACGUGGAAAAAUUUGCUACCCAGUAUUGGGCAAUCAUCCAAGAUUUGUAUCGGAUUGGGUUCCGAAUCAUUUCGUAUGAUCCCAACUUCUGCACAACAAUGAGUCCCAAAGGAUUUUAUCAAUUCUUCGAAAUCGUCUUCCGGAAAACCAAAGUUUGUGACGAAUAAAUAUCAGCAAGAAGAGAGUGUGUCAUGAGUUUAAAUGCCUUUAUUGUUCUGAUGUGCAUCUUUUUACAAUAUUCUUUACAAGUCAUUUCCUCCCUUACAAACUUCCAUUGGUCAAACCAAAACAAAUACAAAAAUGCUCAAUCUACUGUGCACUUAGAAUAAAUGAUUUUUCAGUGAUGAUAU